AUGGUUACUUCUACUCUCGUCAAGGUCUUCGCAGGAAUCGGCGCUGUAUGGGUAUCCCGCUGGAUCCUAAACAUCACGCGGUUCUUGUACACGUUCCUAAGACCGUCAUCGCUCUCGCGAUAUCACCAUCUCAGUCCCACAGGCGCACCACCCUACGCCCUCAUCACCGGCGCCAGCGACGGUAUAGGAAAAGGCUACGCCUUCGAACUCGCGCGUCAGAACUUCAAUCUCAUCCUCCACGGGCGGAACAAGUCAAAACUCCUCUCCGUAUCCAGCGCCAUCAAAAAUAUCUACCCAGACACGAUCAUCAGAAUCGUCAUCAGCGACGCGACGCAAUCCGGGGACGUCACACUGAGAGAAAUCAACGAGAUUGUAGAGCAGAUCAAGGAUUUGCACAUCACCAUCCUCAUCAACAACGUAGGCACCGGCACCCGUCCCUCAGGCCACGUCUUCUCGAAUUUCGAAUCCGACGACCCAGCGGAUCUAGACGCACUGAUUAACGUCAACGCCCGUUUCCCCAUCCAAUUCACGCGCCAAAUCCUCCCUUUGCUGUUUUCCCACUCCCAACCCACACUCCUCCUAACCAUGGCAUCGAUCUCCGAAAUCGGGUCACCCUAUCUAAGCGUCUACUCGGCCACCAAAGCCUUCAUGAAAGCGUGGUCGUGUGCCCUCGCUCGAGAAUUCAAGGCUGAAGGGAGGGAUGUAGAAGUUCUGGCGAUCAUGACGGCGCAGGUUACGGGGACGGCGACGGAGGGGAUGGAGAGGAAUGUUUUUGUGCCGGAUGCGAGGUGUUUUGCGAGGAGUGCGUUGGGACGGGUUGGGUGUGGGGGGGAUGUUGUGGAGGGGUGGUGGAGUCAUGCGGUACUGAGGGGGGUGAUGGGCAGGUUACCGGGAGGGGUGUUUACGGGGAUAUUGACGAGGAGUGUUAGGGGGGAGAUGGGGAAGGUGGGGAAGAGUAAGUAG